AAAAUUUAUUAACAUUUUGAGCACAUUCAAGGAAAAACAUCAAGUGAUCUAGUCUUAUUGUGAUAUUUUAUAAAAUUCAGAAGUUUUGUUCAAAUUUAUUGAUAGUUUUUGUUUCGUUGUUGAAAGCUCGUCAUUACUAAAUCAAAGUCAUAUUAAUUGAACCAUACAAUGCAAUUAUUGUCAUCAUUAUAAAUAAAUAAUGUCUAUUUCUUUGGAUUCAAGUUUAACUUGUAACUAUUCAACCACAUCAGAUUUAAAUUUGUAAAUUCUUACUUACUCAAGAAUUCCUGACUUUCCAAAGUGUUGGUUUUGCUGCUCGCUAUUAAAUAAAAAUAUAGAGUUCACACAUCAAUUCCAUUAUCUGAUUUAUCUUGAUUCCGCUCACAGCAGCUACUGCUGAGAUUUUUGUGUAUAUAUGAUAAAGCGCAAAUAAAAAAUUAUCAGUUUACUUUGUCCCCUUUAUUAAAUUAGACAUCUGUUAAUUCGAUUUUAAUUUUAUUUGAUCAAAUGAUAUGGCUCGCAUAACUCCCAUAAUACCGUUGCUGUGAUUCUUUACCUCCAGGCUUUCGCCAGGUUCGAAAUGGUGAACACUUCUACAGUGCUUGAAAGUUCCCUGAAACUGGUACCAUACAGUAGCCGCUGGUUUUUCUUUUGGCUGAUUUUAAUUAUCUCGAUCGUCACCGUCAUUGGAAAUGUUUUAGCAAUAAAGUCUAUUAUCAAAAGAAAGCAAAAAUGCCUGCAGAAGGUUUGCAUCGUCAGUUUAGCUUUAGCCGACAUGUUUUCAGUAGCUAUGUUUGCCACAAACAAUUUGGAUGCGCUCUCAAGGAAACUCAAGACAUGGAUACUUGGUGAAUUCCUGUGUCAUUUAAUACCUAUGGGGCAAGUUCUUGGUACCACAGCCAGCUCGAUAGCCUUGCUCGCCAUAGCCCUGGAUCGAUACCAAAAUGUGACCAUAGCAAUCGUCAGCCAAAGGUGGAACCCAAAUGUUUGGAAAUGCAUUGGCGUAGCGUCUCUAUUUCUCGUAGUGUGUUCAUUAAUGUCUGCUCCAAUGUACGUAUUUUUCACCCUGAAUCCAAUCAGGAUUGUGUAUACAAGCGGUCCACAGCUGGUUUUUGAAGACGCCUUCCUGUGUGCCGCUAUCGACAAGGACAAGUUGAAGCUAUACUACAUCAUCAUGGCUGUGUUGGUGUUCCUCCCCAUCAUCGUGAUCUUCAUUUGGUUCUACUACCAGAUCGCCGCGAUGAUUUGGCAACACAGGAAACCACUGAUUUCUGCCAAUGCUCCAAAACUGUUCAUCAAGAGGACUAAAACAGUCCAAGUCCAAAGGAAAAUACGAACUUUUAAAGUGAUUAUAGUCCUUAUGGUUGCUUUCACCGCGUGCAGGUUGCCUUAUUGGCUUUUUUUCGUGAUUAGACUCCUGGAAACCAUAAGUGGGUCGACAAUAUGGUACCUCCACUUCUUAUUUAUUUCUCUCAAUAUGUUAAACUGCGCCUUAAACCCUCUGUUGUACGCUUUUCUAAGUCAAACUAUAUAUUUUGUUAGAAAAUGUCACAAUUUCGCUCACAAAGUUGUUUUGUGUUGCUGUUGCUUCAGUGGUAAAGAUAUAGACAUUCAUCAGAACAAUCCGUUUGUUGUAAACUGUGAAAAUAAGAAUGAUGGGGUUGAUAAGUGCAAAAAUCCUAGUAAUUUCAGGAUAAAGUUUCAUCCACCUGUGUAUGAUAGCGUCUUGCCCUUUAAGGAACAGUUAAUAUAACGCAUACGUAAGCAUAUAAUGAAGCUUUAUUGCAUAAUUACUAUAAUAGUUAAUGAAGAACAGGUAAAUUUAUUUGUAAAUCGUUCUUUGAAAUGCAAA